UCUGCAGGAGGGAAUCGCACCGGGAGCUGUGCCUGGGUGUCCCAGCCCCUGCAAGGAAGAUACCAGGCAGGACAGAGACCAUGAGGAUCAAAAGCUUUGGACUCCUUUGUGUGUUGAUGCUGGUCUCCCAGAUGCUCCUGGCCAACUGUGAAAGGCAGAAGGAAAGAAAAAAGGGAAGACAAGGCAUAGAACAUGGUGGAAAAAAACAAAAGGAAUCUAAACAAGGAAAUGAAAAGGGGCAGAAAUCAAAAGGAGGAAAAUCAUCUCCUAAAGGCAAGUUUGAAACCAAGGAAAAUGCUGAGUGCACGUGGUCAGUGCUGGACACAAACGCUGUUACUGUGCAGGUGCGGUGCAGGCAGGGGGACAGUGAGUUCUGGUGUGAGUUCUCUGGAGACCCUUCUGGCUGUGCACAGUAUGCAGCAAACCAGAAAUCCUACUGGAGACAAGUCUCCCGAUCCCUCAAGAAGCAGAAGCAGAUUUGUCAAGACCCCAAAAGUGUACUAAAAUCCAAAUUAUGCAGGAAAGGCCCACGAAGUGCUCACCUCAGGCUGACUCACUCAAGCCUGCUAACAGCAGAGGGUCCUGCCAGAGAGAACACAAUGCAUCACACCAAAGAAGUUGUUCAGGCUCCAGCAGAUGCCUCUGUGACUGAAAAAAGGCUGGAACAGAGUCCUCAAGACUGUGUGGAAGAUGUAGAUUACAUUGACCAGAAAAAGGUGGCUGAGGAAUACUGUCCAGAAGGUUUGCUUUCCUUCUGCAACUUUUUUAUCACAAUGGUCCAAGACAAGCGAUGCUGAGGAGGUGUUUCUAAAGCUCUAAAUCAGGAAAGUCUGGUCUCUUUUAAGUUACUGAAAACCAUCCCAGAUAUUAUUCUUAUGUUUUAUAGUGUAUAUAAGCAAGAAGGAAUAUAUUUUUCUGAUUUUGUAUAUACACAACAGACUACCACAUUUGAAGAUGUUAUAGAUGCUAUGUGCCCACAGAUUGCUUCCCAAUGGAUGUGUUACCAGUGGAUGUUACAUGCUCUGUGCAGAAGUGUA